UUCGCCCGAUGCGCAACCGAACAAGACACGAACGUCAUCCGAAACGGAAAGAAGGGCGAUGUUGCACUAGCGAAGAAAGACAGCUGUCGUAUCAUUUUCAGCUGAUUUUUGUGUACGCAUCGCGGACGCUGCAAUUUCGAACAGCGAACGAGACGUUUCGUAACGGUACAAGUUCCUCAGUUGUUGUCACGUACAAGACAUAAUACUACAACAGAGUGUUGCGACGCAGCAGGCCAGGAGCGACAGUUUCGCAGCGACGAACAAAGGGAGAUGGUCUAUUGAGCGCGGGUGGUGCGUAUCGGGCGGCCGUGACGUCACUCGGCCGAGGUGUUGAGGCCGAUGCGGCGGGCGCGCUCGUGAUCUCGGCGCUCCGAAGAGCGCGGCGAGCGGGCGCAGCGGAGCGGGCCAGCCUGGCCUCCACUGACUCGGGCGACGAGGGCGCUGGGCACCGGCCGCCGCGCAAGCGGACCCGCAGGCUGUCGCCGCCCGCCCGGCCCGCAGACAUGCACCAGCCCUGCGCCAACGGCGCGCCGCCGCCGCACCAUGUCAACGGCGACGCCGCGCCGCGCAACGGCGACCUGCAGCCGCCCGGCCUGCGCAUGACCCAGACCGACCAGGAGAUCGUGCGCCUCAUCGGCCAGCACCUCCUCUCUAUCGGACUCGAGCGCAGCGCGGCGCUGCUGAUGGAGGAGUCAGGGCUGCACCUGGAGCACCCGGCGGCCGCCACGUUCCGCCAGCACGUGCUGGCCGGCGACUGGGUCAAGGCCGACCACGACCUGCGCGCGCUGCACGACCUGCUGCGCGACUCGCCGCACGUCGACCCGCACAACCUCGCCGAGAUGAAGUUCGUGGUGCUGGAGCAGAAGUACCUGGAGCACCUGGAGGCGGGGCGCGUGCUGGACGCGCUGCACGUGCUGCGCAACGAGCUGACGCCGCUGCAGUACGACACGCCGCGCGUGCACCGGCUGUCGGCGCUCAUGAUGUGCGCGGACGCGGGCGAGCUGCAGGCGCGCGCGCACUGGCCGGGCUCGGGCGCGCUGUCCCGCGCCGCCGUGCUGGCGCGCGUGCAGGCCGUGCUGCCGCCCGCGCUCAUGAUGGCGCCGGGCCGCCUGCGCGCGCUGCUGGCGCAGGCCGCGCAGCAGCAGGCCGCGCGCUGCCGCUUCCACGCCGCGCCGCGCCCCGCGCCCGCGCUCGACGCCAUCCCCUUCACGCUGCUGGCCGACCACCACUGCUCCGCCGACCACUUCCCCAUCCACUCGCUGCAGGUGCUCAACGAGCACUGCGACGAGGUCUGGUACUGCAAGUGGUCGCCCGACGGCCUGCGCCUCGCCUCCGGCUCCAAGGACAACACCGUCAUGAUCUGGGACUUCGAUCCCGUGGCCAAGCGCCUCUCCUUCAGAAAGUCUCUGGAAGGGCACACGUACGGCGUGUCGUACUUAUCGUGGAGCCCCGACGGCCGUUAUCUCAUCGCCGCCGGCCCUGAAGACUGCCCCGACCUCUGGAUAUGGAAUAUGGAGACGGAGCAGCUGCACCUGAAGAUGACGCACUCGCAGGAGGACUCGCUGACGGCGGUGGCCUGGCACGCCAGCGGGGACAAGUUCGUGUGCGGCGGCGCGCGCGGGCAGUUCUACCACUGCAGCAUCGACGGCACGCUGAUCAACAGCUGGGACGGCGUGCGGGUGAACGCGCUGUGCUGCCGCGCGGACGGCCGCGCAGUGCUGGCCGCCGACACGCACCACCGCGUGCGGGCCUACGACUUCACCGACCUCACCGACCGCAACCUCAUCCAGGAGGAGCACGCGGUGAUGGCGAUGACCUUGAAUGCGGCGGACUCGCUGCUGCUGCUCAACGUGGCGAACCAGGGCGUGCACCUCUGGGAUAUACGUGCACGUGCACUGGUGCGGCGGUUCCGCGGGCUCAGUCAGGGCCACUUCACCAUCCACGCCUGCUUCGGCGGCGCUCAUCAAGACUUUAUCGCUUCGGGAAGUGAGGACAAUAAAGUGUACAUCUGGCACAUGAACGGCGAGGAGCCGAUCGCGGUGGUGUCGGGGCACACGCGCUGCGUGAACUGCGUGGCCUGGAACCCCACGCACCACGACGUGCUGGUGUCCGCGUCCGACGACUACUCGCUGCGCCUGUGGGGCCCGCGCACGCACCAGUCCUAGUACAGGGGUGACAACAUUGCGAUGAUGUACUACAGUUCUCCGUCUACGAUAACAGAUUGCGACUACCACAAAGUGUGCUGGUUUUGAAGUUGUAUCAUUAUAAUACGUGUGUAGUGUACAGCUAAUAAUCACUGGCCAGUGUGUGUGAUGACACUACCGCUUCUACUUACACUUUGACAAAUGAAAUCGUCCAUGAGUAAUGUAACACACGCUGCCAGAGCCGAGUAUAACGCGCUAGGUGUGACGGACUGCCGCGCAGACGAGACGCUUGCGGGUACUAAAUUAUGAUCAGCCCUUUUUAACUAUUAUUUUCUUUUUGAUUGAUUUUACUAUAUUUUUAGAAAUACUAAUUAUAGCUUUUGUAGUUCGCACAAUGAAUUACCCGACCGGUUGUAGCACGCAAUGUCGCCAUAGUGUAUUGACGAGUAUGAGCUUCUCGCAUCGAUUCGGAAGUCAAGGUAUUUUAUGUAGAUUAUUCUAGACAUGAUCAUGACGUGCCCGAUGGUUGAGGAGCGCGUUGCGUGCGGGGGGGGGGGAGGGGGCGGGUCUGCGCGGAGUUCGAUCCAGAACCAAAUAUCAGGCAAUAAUGUGCGUGUGUGUGUGUGCGUGUAGCAAGUACAAAGGUGGGAGUGUUCGGUUAUUAACGAUAUGAUUAUAACUAUAGACUUGUAUCGGCUGACGCGGACGCGGCCCGGCCACAUUUGAAUUGUUAAAAAUAAAUAAUUAUUAUAUGAAUAAAUUUUUUAUUGUAAACUAA